AUGCCCUUAUGCAAACACCACUCACCACCACCCAACAUUAUGACCACCACCCAACAUCGCCACUCGCCUCCAUCACCUGUCACCACCACCCAUCACCACCCUCAUCGCCCACCACCAUCAUUAUCACUACCGACCACCACCACCACCACCAACCAUCAUCCUCAUCCACUAGCCCCCAAAACCAUCACCCAAUACCAUGCAUCACCACCACCCCUACCAACCACCACCCACCCAUCUCCACCACCCAUCACUAUCGCCCAUACACCACCCACCAUUAUGACCACCACCCCACCCACCCCCCACCACCACCCGCCUCCACUACCCAUCACCGCCACUCGCCACAACCACCCUCACCCACCACCCACCAAGACCACCACCACCUACCACAAUCACCAUCGACCGAAUAACACCACCACCUACCACAAUCACCAUCGACCGAAUAACACCACCACCUACCUCCACCACCCCAUCCAUCACCCACCAAAACCAUCAUACACCACCACCACACACCCAUCACCAUCCAUCACCACCACCCAUUAA